AUGUCAUGGUUGCAGCUGGGCGCGGAGUUCGUGGGCACGUUCAUCCUCAUCUUCUUCGCGACGGCUGCGCCGAUCGUGAACCAGAAGUACGGCGGCGCGAUCUCGCCGUUCGGCAACGCGGCGUGCGCGGGGCUUGCCGUGACGACCAUCAUCCUGUCGACGGGCCACAUCUCCGGCGCGCACCUGAACCCGUCGCUGACCAUCGCGUUCGCGACGCUGCGCCACUUCCCCUGGCUCCAGGUCCCCGCCUACGUGGCCGUCCAGGUGCUGGGCUCCAUCUGCGCGAGCUUCGCGCUCAAGGGCGUCUUCCACCCCUUCCUCUCCGGCGGCGUCACCGUCCCGGACGUCACCAUCUCCACCGCCCAGGCCUUCUUCACCGAGUUCAUCAUCACCUUCAACCUCCUCUUCGUCGUCACCGCCGUCGCCACCGACACCCGUGCGGUGGGUGAGCUCGCCGGGAUCGCGGUGGGAGCAGCCGUCACGCUCAACAUCCUUGUGGCCGGGCCGACGACGGGAGGGUCGAUGAACCCGGUGAGGACGCUGGGGCCGGCGGUGGCGGCGGGGAACUACAGGCAGCUGUGGAUUUACCUGGUGGUGCCGACGCUGGGAGCGGUGGCCGGCGCUGGCGUGUACACGGCGGUGAAGCUCAGGGACGUCAACGGCGAGACCCCGUGCCCGCAGCGCAGCUUCCGACGCUGAUCGGUGCGGGCACGAAACUUUGAUCGAUCCGUGCGUGUCCGGUUGGUUGCUGAAUGCUGUCCGAUGCCUACUUACGAUCAGGUAUGAUCGAUCGAUUACUACGAUUUCCGUGUUUCCCUACACGGGCACACCGUGAGACUGUUAUCAUUUGUGUCCCGUGAUGUAAUAAACCGACGUCGUUCUGCAUGUUCAGAAUGGCGUGGAUUUGAGUUUCAGUUAAUUUGUGAACCAG